AUGGCUAAUAUUCAUUCUACAACAAAUCUAAGCUCAAUUAACAAUGGGUCCUUCCCCUCAAAUGGUUGCCCAUUCAACUCAAAAGAAACAAGAUUAGAGGCACUCUCUUCAAAACCCCCACUUGAAUCAAUUCUCAGCACCUACGACUUGGAAAAGGUCGCCUCCCAAGAACUAAGCCGUAAGACGUGGGCAUUUUAUUCAUCCGCAGCUACGGACAUGAUCACACGUGAUGCCAAUAAAGCCAUGUAUGAUCGUAUCCUACUCCGGCCUAGGGUCCUCCGAAAUGUCAAUAAAGUCAACACCCAAACUACCAUUCUCGGAUGUGAGACCGGCCUACCCUUGUUUGUCAGUCCCGCAGCCAUGGCGAAGAUGGUGCAUCCGGACGGCGAACUGGCGAUCGCAAGGGGUUGUGCGAAAUAUGGUGUUGGCCAAUGUAUAUCGACGAAUGCAUCAUACACAGUGUCUGAUAUCACAGCCUGUGCGCCUGGUCACCCUUUCUUUUUCCAGCUAUAUAUCAAUCGGGACCGUGCUGCAUCGGAGCAGCUUCUUCGACAGGUUGAAAAAAGUGGGAUUAAAGCUGUUUUUCUCACAGUUGACGCGCCGGUUGCAGGGAAACGGGAAGCGGAUGAGCGUGUCGGGGCUGAUUCCUCGGAAAUAAUAUAUACAGCACCCAUGACCGGGGCGCAAGGUGUUGGUGAUGCAAAAGGCAGUGCGCUAGGAAGGACAAUGGGAAGAUAUAUUGAUGCUAGUUUCACGUGGGAGGACCUGAAGUGGCUUCGACGGUCAACAUCCCUGCCUAUCGUGUUGAAGGGUAUUCAGACGGCUGAGGAUGCUUGA